UUUGAAAGCGGGCGCGGGCGUCGCGCUCCGCUGUGACGGCGGCGGAGGAAGCUGCGGGCCGGAGGAGCGGCAGUGGGGGCGGCAGUCGGGGCGGCGUCCCGCCCGAGGGGUGCUGGCUCUCGUCUCUCGUCCGCUGAGUGACCUGGACUGUGGCGGAGAGCUGCGCAAAUGUGCUUUGUCCAGAGCUACUUUGGGGCCGCCUUUGUUUUUAAGAGAAAGAAAUAUAAAUAAUCCAUUAUGAGGAAGCCAUGGCAAAGCUAAAUGCAAAACAAAGAGUUUGUUCUCGGGAGUCUUCUGUAACUUCUCUUCUAGCAAGCUGCAACCUGAGUGGUAGUUGUGCCUCUAACUCUGAUGGCUGUUUUCAGUAUAAGGAUAAACGAUACAGCUCCGCAUCUCAGGCUCUGCAGGCCUACAUAGAUGAUUAUGAUCUAAGCCGGAUAUACCCUUGUGCGAGCACUGGAAAGAUUAACAUCGAUAAAUGUUCUAACACACCGUUGUUCUCCAACCAUAUUCAUAAGCCAAACAAUACUUUCGCAAAUUGUGAUCACAGAAAGUGCUUAUCCCAUGGAAGACAGACCAUUAAUGACAUAGACUCUCUUAGCCUAACAACUGAUGAUUUAUUAAAACUUCCAGCGGAUGGAUCAUUUUCUUUAACUUAUGUUGGAUCAGGUCACCAAAUUAGCAAGAAAAACAAGAAAUGCACUGAAAGACCAAGUUCAUCAGACAUGGAAAUAAAAUAUUUCCAAGAGCCCUCCAUUCCUAUGGGCAAGGAUAAUUUGGUCACUCCUAUUGUAUAUGCAAAUAUAAAUGGAAAGCAGUAUAUUAGGCUGAAAAAAGCAAAAGCUGUGAAUAAGACUAAUAAAGGAAUUUCUGAACCAUCUGUAUCUUUUUCAAAGAAAUCACCUUUUGUGGACAGUUCGGAACCCGAUAUUGAAAAGAAUUAUCCAAGAUGGCUCACUAGCCAGAAAUCUGACAUGAAUGUUUCAGGGAUAACUAGUCUACCUGACUCCAAAUACCCAAUCUGGCUCCACAAUCAAGACUUGCUACCUAAUAGAAAGAAUCAAAGGAUUUAUAACAUAUUUAGAGAAGAUCAAUGUUCCCCUAGACAUAGUUACCAGGCACAAAGAACUUCUCGACCUACAAAUAAAUUAGAUUGUUUGGAAUGUUCUUUUGAAUCCUUAAAUAAUCCAAAUCCUGUGAGUCAUGAUAAAGGAUUAGUUAGUGACUGUAAAUGUGAUUUUGAUCAUAACCUGUAUGAAUGUGAGAAUCCACUUCUCCCUGGACAAUCCAAAAAACCAUUCAGUGGUGACAAAAUUGAAUUGCUUAUCCUGAAAGCCAAGAGAAAUCUAGAGCCAUGUACUGAAAAGUUACCGAAGUCCCUGAAAAAGGAUGACAGUCCUUGUUCAUUAGAUAAACUUGAAGCAGAAAGAUCAUGGGAAAAUGUUCCUGUUACUUUCAAAUCUCCUGUUCCUGUUAACUCUGAUGAUUGUCCUGAGCAAACUUCUAAGGCAAAGUGUGCUAAAGAGUUCCUUGAAGAUUUUUUACAUAGUGAUAACCAGAGCUGUACCCUUUCUGGAGGGAAACAUCAUGGUCCUGUUGAAGCCUUAAAGCAAAUGUUAUUUAACCUUCAAGCUGUACAGGAAAGUUUUAAUCAGAUUAAAACUACAGAUCCAAAAGAAGAAAUUAAGCAAGAUUCAGAAGAUGAUUUGUCUAACUUACAGUUGAAGGAAAGUAUGAUUCCUAUUACUAAAUCACUUCAAAAGGCUUUGCACCAUUUAUCUCGCCUGAGAGACCUGGUUGAUGAUACCAGUGGGAUACAGCCACCGAAAAUGUGAAGAGGAAAGUAAAGCUGUCUAACCAAAAAAUAGUCACCACAGGAAAAAAUGUAUUUUCCUGUGCAUAAACUGAUAACUAACUAUAAGUCCCACAUUAUUCUGUGAUUGCUUCAGGUUUUACAUGCUUUUAAAGAAACAUUUUGGAAAUGUCCCUUGGUUUUGUGACCUGUCCUUUUUUUCUACCAAAAUACCAGAAUGUUAAAUGAAAGGACCCACAGUGUACUCUGCAGUCUGAUUUUGGUUUUCAGCCCAGCAAUUACCUUACUGUUUGGAAGUGGAGGAUUUCUGUUCUUGAGGCUUACAUGAACUCAAUCAUCAUUGUCAUUCUCAUCCUGUCACCUGUUUCUGGAUCAUUAAGGAACUCUACCUGAUUUCUCUCCAUAAUCUCUUAACUUAAAGGACUUUGAUACUGGUAACUAUUUUUAAGAAAAAUUGUUAUGAUAUAACUUACCCAUGUGGAUGUUUGUUGCUUUUACAUUCCCAUAGUAUAAUUUUACAUAUUCUGUAUUGCAAAUAAGACUAAUUUAAUGUUAUUUAUUAACAUGAUAUAGUGCUAGAAGUACUUUGUUACAGAAUCCAAGAGAGCCUCAUACAAUUAGUGCUUUUAUUAAGAAUAAUAUAGAUUACUUGACACUACAUUUUUUGGGAGAAUUGUAUGAAAAACUUGUCAGUAAUUAUACAGUUUUCCAUAUUAGAGUUUUUGGAUCAGUUCAGGCUGAUGAAAAGAUCUGAGAUCAUUGCUAAUUGCUUUAUUAAAUUUGAUAACUAAAGAAAAUAUAUAAAAUCAGAACAAGUAUUUUAAAACCAUCUUUUAGAAGUUGACAUUUCUUUAUAACUGGUUUUGGUCGGGAAAUUUUUUGUCUCUAGCUGGAACUGAACAGAACUCUAUUAUAAUUUUGCAAUUUUAACCAAGUAAAAUGCUUAGAAUGCAUCUUUAUCAAUGAAAGAUAAUCAUGUUAAAGCAUGUUGGAUGAAACAUUUUUAAAAGGCAGAUAAAAUUGAAUGAAUACACACACACACACACACACAAACUGGAAAUUAAUAUGUCACCCAAAUGACAGCAUCUUUGCUAGGUAGCAAAUUUGAUUUUUCUCAUAAUGAAAGUACUGAUAAUUUAGUUAUAAGAACUGAUGUGUUAAGGCUGUUGGAAGAAGUCUGUUCUAUUUUUCUUGACCCUGUUAGUCGCUAUAACUUCUUUUUGCUCAGUAUGAUGCACACUUGCUAAUAUAGUCAAUUUGUUUUAUUUACUCCAUGUUUUAUUCCCAUUGUGUAAAAUAUGUUUAGUCUUACCUAAAAGGGAGUUAAAAUAAUAGCCUGUUUGAGAUAUUCCUUAAAUAAUCGAUGUACUUACAUGCUUCAUAUUUCAGUUUAUUUUUUAGAUUUAUGGGGGGGAGGGAACAAAAAAGUAUUGAAACUAUUGAGUUUAUUUUAUUAGUUUUAUAAGAUUUAUUUAUUUUUUUAGGAGAACCAGAGCAUCACUCUGGCACAUGCAUUGCCAAGUUUUUUGAAAAGACUCAAGCCAGGGGGAGAGAGUAUUUUCAGAGAUACCUGUCACAGGGAGAUCAGAAAUUGUGCCUGUGUGCCAACAAUUGUACUUAAAACGCUUAAACCUCCCAAUAAAAAUGAUAAAAAAAAUAAAAUUACCUUGUGAAUAUAAAAUUUUACCAAUCUUUUUCUCUCUUUUAGCAUAUUGAAAAUGGCAAAUAGAAAAAUUUUAAUAAGACAUUUCUUUAAAAUUUUAUUAGUUUAAAAGAGACAGGCAGAAAUUGAGAGGGAAGGGGGUGUUAGGAAGAGUGAUAGGCCAGCAGCACUGCUUCACCGCUUGUGAAACUUUCCCUGUACCUUGUAACGAACGUGCUCAGCUGGGUUCACCACGGCCUGGCUCCCAAGACACUUAGUUGAGUCUAAAAGGAUACAAAACCCAGUUCCAAAAAUUAUUUGAAAUAAAGUGAUGAAUGUGAAAAGAAACUCAGCUGUGUUUUCUUUAUCAGAUAACUUUUUUUCAGUUUUUUGUUUGUUUUGUUUUUUCCUGUUUUAACUAUUUUGGGCUUCAUAGAGAUUAAGAGAUUUCUGACCAAAUUAAGAAGAUUUACUUUGGGUAUAUUUGAGUUUUAUCUCUCUAGUGUUACUGUUAAGCUAUAUAUAUAUAUAUAUUUUUUUUACUGUUUUGUACUUAAUGUUUAGAAUAAUAUUUUAUUAAGUUUGUAUGUUGUCAUGGUUAUGAUUUGGUUACAUUUAACCAUUUAACAUGGUUAUAGUUAUCCAAAAUAUUGAAGACUAGUUUCCUUUGAUUUUUUUUUUCAUAUCUCAUCUUUUACUCUGUCUGAAAAUCUUUUGAUAUAUUAGCUAUUAGGAAGUGAAUGUGCCAUAAGGUGAAGUUAGCAUAAAAGGAGAGAGAAUAAGCUAAAAACCAAUAAAAUUGGUGAUCUCUGAACAAUUGAAACCUCACAAAUAAAAGACUUUUUAUUGGAUAA